GGCAACCAUGCCCAUUUCCGUUACUAUCCGUGACGCCAUCACAAAGAUGGCGGCCUCCACUCCAGUAAUGCUGGAUCUGUAAAGUCUGACUUUGAAGUGUGGAUUUAACAGCGGGUUUUCUUUGAUUUUUUACCCUCGCAUUGUCGGGAUAAUUGUUGCCGAAAUGAAGAACUUUUGUGGACGAGCCAACCCGACCUCUGGAGCUUUGGACUGGGUGGAGGAGAGCGAGGAGUACGACUAUCACCAGGAGAUAGCCCGGUCAAGUUAUGCUGAUAUGCUGCAUGAUCAUGACAGGAAUGAAAAGUACUACAAAGGUAUCCGGGCAGCCGUGGCUCGAGUCCGGGCUCGGGGCGAGAAAGUCAUCGUCCUGGAUAUCGGAACAGGAACCGGUUUAUUGUCCAUGAUGGCUGUUACUGCUGGAGCUGACUUCUGCUAUGCUGUGGAGGUGUUCAAGCCCAUGGCCGACGCCGCCCGCCGCAUUGUGGCAAAAAACGGCUUCGCCGACAAGAUUAAGAUUAUUGACAAACACUCCACUGACGUCACUGUCGGACCAGGUGAAGAUAUGGAAGUGAAGGCCAAUGUUCUGGUCACGGAACUCUUUGAUACGGAGCUAAUUGGUGAGGGGGCUCUGCCCAGCUACGAACACGCCCACCAAAGUCUUGUUCAGGAGGGUUGUGAGGCCGUCCCCCACCGGGCGACUGUCUACGCCCAGCUAGUGGAGUCCCCUCUCCUGUGGAGUUGGGCCCAGCUGCAGCCGCUGGAGGUGGACGGCACCCGCUUGUCGCCCCCGCCCGCUGUGGGCCGCUGCGGUGGCUCCCAUUCAGUGUGCGACAUCCAGCUCGGCCAGGUCUCACCUGGCAGCUUCACUCCGCUGGGUCCGCUCUGCACCAUGUUCAGCGUGGACUUCAGUAAGCCAAUCAGCAGCGCCCCCCGGUCCUACUCCUCUCGCUUUGUGGCUCGGGCAAACGGUCAGGCUCAAGUGGUCCUCUCCUGGUGGGAGCUGGACAUGGAUCCCGGUGGAACAGUGGUGUGCUCCAUGGCGCCCAGCUGGACAUAUCCACAUCCAAAAAUGGCUCCGUGGCGAGACCACUGGAUGCAGAGCGUGUAUUUCCUGCCCGCUGAAAGUAAAGUGACUGAAGGACAGGAAGUGACGCUAACUGUCUGCCACGAUGACUACAGUCUGUGGUACAGACUCCGCUCCCCCAGCCAACAGCAUCCGCAGGGCGACUUGCUUCUCUCGCGGCCGUGUUGUGUGUGCCAGGCCCACCUGGUUUGGACUCGACCACGCUUUGGCGAACUUAACGACAAACUUCGCACGGAGAGCUACGUCGGCGCGCUGCGCAGCGUUCUGAAGGAGGACAGCGUUUGUCUCGGAGUGAGCGAUGGAAGUCUCCUUCCUGUGUUUGCGCACGUGCUCGGAGCCAAAAAGGUCUUCGCUUUGGAAAACUCCAGGAUGUCCAAGCAGGUUAUUGAGCAGGUGCUGGAAUCCAACUCAAUGAAAGGAGGAGUUGAGCUGCUGGAAAUCAGACCUGAGCAAUUGACCAGUAAUGAUUUAGGAGGCGAGCAGAUAUCCGUGCUGAUGGGGGAACCGCACUUCAGCACCAGCCUUCUACCAUGGCACGCUCUCUUCUUCUGGUACUGCCGCACCGCCUUGGCCGGAUUGCUGCGACCCGACGCCACCAUCUUGCCAUGUUCUGCUAGUUUGCACGUGGUGGCUGUGGAGUUCCAGGAUUUGUGGAGGAUACGUGCCCCGUGUGGGACCUGUGAGGGCUUCGAUGUCACACCCAUGGAUGAAAUGGUCCAGAAGUCUCUGGAUUUCCGGGAGUCCCGGGAGGCCGAGCCCCACCCUCUGUGGGAGUAUCCGUGUCGCGCCCUCACCCGGUCUGCGGCUAUCAUGACCUUUGACUUCACACAGUGCGUCCCUCAACAGCCUAUCGUCCGCCGAGGUUCUCUGCCCUUCAUAAGGAGCGGACGUUGCCACGGCGUGGCUCUAUGGUUGGAAUACCACCUCACCCGGGACAUCACCGUCAGCACGGGUCUAACAGGACCAGUCGACGAGCAGGGCUGCUGUGAGUGGAGCCGCCACAGGAAACAAGGCGUGUAUUUCUUCAGGUCAGGAUGGCAGAGCCCAGGUGACGGCAGAGCCGCCGUGUCGUACGACGUGACCUUUCAGCCCGCUUCGGGCGACAUCAAGAUGGACUUCAGCAUGGACCAGACGCAGACUAUAGGAGCGACUUUGUAACCUUUUAACGUUUUACCGUAGAAAUUCUCUCGUUUGAACAGGAUUACUUUUUGGUGGCCUUGAUGAUGACACCGUAGAGAAAGUAAGAAAGGAACUUUUUAACUUCUUUGACCUUCACUAAAGGUUUGAUGUCCAACUGUUGAAUGUUUCAGUACUUUUUACACAAGGAGCUGAAUGGCAAAUUUCCCAGCAGGUGUUUGAUCCAUGAACGGAGCAAUAAAUGUCCUGCUUCAAUUAGA